UUCUGCAGCUGUUUAACCUAUGGUAGUCUUCACUGGGACCCAGCUGCUGCGUACUAAAGUAACACGUUCUGGAGUACACCUAGAUAUGACAAGCAUGUUGUGUUUGUUCGUUUCUGGAAAGAUGCUUCGUCUUUAGAGAAAGUUUUCUGUGUGCGGAAGAAACUGAAAGUGCACCAUUUUUACAAGGAUUUAUCUGCGGUUUCUUUGUAUUGUUACGCCUACUUCUUUUAUUGGAAAUAUAUAAUAUUGUCGGUUUUGUUUGAAACCAUGUUUACCUACGCUGGACCCCACCACUACACUCCUCCCGCAACCUAUAUUCCCCCAACUGUUGGGACAAUGACUGGAAUGAGUACAAUGGGACCGCCUUCCACAGCGGCACCUCCACAAAUGCUUGCCUCUCAAAGCCCUCAUGGCAAAAGGAGGCGAUUUGUCUCGGAUGAAGAAGACAGCCAAGGCCCCAAGUAUACACCUAUGGAGGACGACAACAUGCAAGAUAAGGAGAAAUAUGCGAGGGAAAAUCACAGUGAAAUAGAAAGACGUCGGAGGAACAAGAUGUCCGCUUAUAUUGCGGAACUUUCUGACAUGGUACCCACUUGCAGCGCCCUCGCAAGGAAACCCGACAAGUUAACGAUUCUACGUAUGGCAGUUGCACAUAUGAAAACGCUUAGAGGAACAGGAAACACAAGCACUGAUGGAACUUACAAACCUUCAUUUCUCACAGACCAAGAAUUGAAACAUCUUAUUUUAGAAGCAGCAGAUGGUUUUCUGUUUGUAGCUGCUUGUGAUACUGGAAAAGUGAUUUAUGUCUCUGAUUCUGUAACCCCUGUUCUCAACCAAUCACAGGCAAACUGGUUGAACUCCAGCUUGUUUGAUCUAAUUCACCCUGAAGACAUUGAUAAGUUACGAGAACAACUCUCUACACAAGAGUCUCCUAACUCAGGACGUAUUUUGGACCUCAAAACUGGCACAGUUAAAAAAGAAGGGCAUCAGUCUUCGAUGCGUGUUUGCAUGGGGUCUCGGCGAGGAUUCAUUUGUCGAAUGAAAAUUGGAAAUUGCCAGCCUGAUACAAUAGCCACCAACCACUUACAUCAUAUUAGACAACGCAAUACCCUUGGACCUUCCACUGAGGGGCAUGCGUUUGCUGUAGUACACUGUACCGGUUAUAUAAAGAACUGGCCUCCAGCAGGUGUUCAGAUCGAUCGCAUAGAUCCUGAAGAUCCCCACAACAAUAGUCAUUGUUGUUUAGUUGCCAUUGGUCGACUGCAAGUUACAAGUACGCCUAACCCCAGUGACUUAAUGGGGUCCAAUUCAUUGAAUGAAUUCAUUUCACGACACAGCAUGGAUGGAAAAUUUACCUUUGUGGAUCAACGUGUAUAUGGGGUUUUAGGAUACCAGCCUCAAGAACUUUUAGGAAAAACUUGUUUUGACUUUUUCCAUCCUGAGGACCAGACCCAUAUGAAAGAAAGUUUUGAACAAGUAUUAAAACUGAAAGGCCAGGUUAUGUCUGUCAUGUAUCGUUUCCGUGGGAAGAAUAGGGAGUGGAUAUGGCUUCGUACAAGCAGUUUUGCAUUCCUUAACCCGUACACUAAUGAUGUAGAAUAUAUAGUGUGUACCAAUUCAUCUGCCAAGAGCCUACAUCAUCAGCAACCAGAUGUCAACACCCCAGUAAAUGAAGGUCCCACUAGUGCUGCAUCAUCUGUAAGUGCAGAUCCAACUAUGGGCCAAUAUCCAGGCCACUCCUUGCCACCUGGUGGCAUGAUGCCAUCCCAAGGAAAGCCAGAAGGUCUAGACUACAGUAUGCAACGUUCAGGGGAAAUCUAUCCCAUGAUUCCUAGGGCACAUAUACAAGGUUCUCAAGGACUGCAAGAGCGACGUCCUGGUUCUGGACAGGCAAUGUAUGGGAGUUAUGACCCUUUACAACAGCCUCAUUCCAGCAUGAACUAUCCAAGUGCCAGUCUCUCAGGAGCAAUUGUUCAACAACCUUUAUCCAGCACUGGAGGCAUAUUAACUCGUAUGGGCAAACAGUCUCCAGCCACUUCAGACUCUUCUCCACAAUCGGCUUGGCCACAUCGGCAUGUAAUUCAGCCUGGAUCAGAACCUUUUAGCCAAGGAUACACCCACAUGAGCCCACCUUCUCGAAGUCCAUCUGGACCAACUUACACCCAGCUCAGUUCAGCUCCUGGAUCAAGAGCAGGAAUGUGGACUCAAUGGCAAGGAAAUGCAGCACCUGAAACACCAGUUUCCUCUACUGCAGGGAGCCACCAACCAGGGCCAGGUAGUGGCAGUGGAGCUCCACAACAAGAACUGAGUGAUAUGCUUCAAAUGCUUGAUCAGUCAGGAACAACAUCCUUUGAAGAUCUUACCAUGUUUAAUACUUUUUCAGAGUGAUGCUUACAUUUCAUCUCUAUCCGUGAUGCACUAAGUUUAUAAACUUGUUCUCUUGUACCUACCGUUGUUGUUGUUGUCUUCAUUCAGUAGAAAACCAGCUUAAUGUUUGUUUCAGUAUGUAUGAUAUCAUGAUGUACAUAGUUCAUCAGUUUUUAGAAACAAUUUUAUAAACUUCUCUAAAGAAGCACAUAUCAUGUCUCGUUUUUUGUUUAGCAGCUGAAAUUUAUUCCUGUCUUCUGUUGUUGUUGUUUAUCCAGUUCCAAAAAAAAUAAUCUACUAUAAUAAGGAUCCCAUGAAAAUCCCUGUUUUUUUUAUUACCAUAUGUAAGCAACCUUAAAAUGCUGACCUUGAUAGUAUAACCCCAAAACUACAUAUAACAGGAAACCACAUCUAUUGACAUGAAUCACUAGUUUCAAUUUCUUUAUGUAUUAUAUAUACAGAUACCUUUAAAUAGUGCCAUCAGACUUGAAAAUAAUGUUCAACUUUCUUAAUGGAAAUAUACUUACACUUGACAUGAAAAAAAAAAGUAAUGUUGACUGUUUAGUCUUUUUUCCUUGUUUUUUUACUGAUAUGUACACAGUACGAAUGAGGUUCAACAUUAUACUUAAAUAGUUUCUUGCAAGUAAUUUUGAUUUCUGUUUGGCUCAGUAGGUUAUUUUAAGUUCCUAGAUAUCAAAAAAUAUCAUAUUUUUCUAAUUUAGUAUUAAAUAUGCUACUGUAUUUUCAAGGGGAUCUUGAAUACCAUUUCAGAUUAUGAAGUAUUUAAUAGCAAAAUUGUUUGUAAUCUCACUGGUUAAGAUUCUUGAUGAAGUGAAAAUCAAAUCUGUGUAAAGCUAAGUCCAUCAACCUAGUUAACCCAACUGUUAGGACUUCAAUUCUGUCAAGUUAAGAAUAUAAUUUUUUUUUUCUGUUUUACUUGCAUUUCACUAUAUGUGAUAUUGCCAGAAAAUGUUUAACAGCUGUUUCUGCAUUUUGUUUAUAAAAUAGAGUAAAACAUCAGUUAUUUAAUUUUGGUGGAGCUCAUGCUCUGUUCAAAUUAGUAAAUUAGGUCCUGGAAAAUCGUGAUUUUUUUUUUCUUUACAUUAGCUUGUGCAAACCAUGUUAUUGGUACUAAUGUGUUUUAGAAAACAAAAUAAAAGUAAUUAGGUCAUUGUUAGUCAAAACUUGACUGAACUGUAUGUGGAAAUUAAAUCUGUAUAUUUGAUACAAACUUUUUUCAAAAGUAUAUUUGCAAAUAAUCUGCUUAAAACCAUUUUAUGUUAUUAGACAUUAAAACUACUACAUGUAUUAACUAAACAAAGUAUUCAACUUUUUACUAACUUAGUAUCCUUGUUGUAAAACAACAUUUAAAACUAUAAUGAGAAAAGUGGCAAAAAUAUAAAAUUUAUGAAUCGGAUAUUCCAUGCUAUAAUUUUAUGUUUAUUACUUGAUGUUUUUUAACAUAAUUUUUUUAACUUGUGCCAUACUGCAUUGCAUUUCAAAUUGCAAUGAAAAGAUACUUUGCUGUCUUAUUGAACUAAUCAACUGUGGUACACUUUGUGACACUGAACUACUCAAAUUCUUUUCAUAUCUUAAAGCACUGUAGCAAAGAAUCUGAAUAGUUCACUGUUGUUGUUAUUUACAUAAAUGUUAAUAUCCUUUCUCCUGUAAGUGUCAUAACCUGUAUUAAAACAGCUUAAAUUUUGACUUCUAAAAUAGAGACAGUUUAUUAGUGCAAUGAUUAAACUUGAAAAGAAGUAAGAAGUGAAGAUUGUUUAAGAAAAUUAAUCUUUGUGACAUUUUAUACUGCUAAAAAAAAUGUCAGUAUAAUGUUCAAAAGAAUCCUCUUUGUGAUAUACUUUUUAUCAUUUUUACAGAAAAAGGACUGGGACUUUUUUUUUUUAUU